AUGGUAAAAGAGCUGUGCUUUCGUUGCCGCCGUCCCGUGUAUCCGACGGACAAGGUCGGGCCGCUGAAGGAUGGAACCUACUUUCAUCACGGCUGUUUCAAGUGCUACAUCUGUGGCACUCGGUUGACUCUACGGACCUACUGCAACAACCGCAACCGCAUGGAAGACCUGGAGAUUUACUGCAACAACCAUGUGCCUCAGGCCGGUCCUCAUGACCCGAUACCUCAUCGCUCGAACCUGUUGGCAAACUUUAAAUCAGGUAUUCUGACGAACGGCUCGUCCGGCAGCACCAUCGGCGACAUGAAGAUUCAGCACGUUCUGAAAGCGACUGAAAUUCAGAAACCAUAUCCAAAAAUCAUCCACGCCGGCGCCAAAUACCUCGUGGUAAGUAAAGUUUAA